UAAAACAUGCAAGUAGAGUAAGUAACACAGCAUUCUGAGAGGCAUCUCUGCUUCUCUUGCAACAUCUCAGUUUUGUUCUGUCAAAACUUCAAAAACAUUCUUCCAUUCACCUCUCUCUCUCUCUCUCUCUCUCUCUCUCUCUCUCUCUCUCUCUCUCAUAUGUAUUUGCUAGUGUGAAAAUAACAAGAAAACCCAGCAAAUUCAUGGCUAGCAACAAGUUUGCAACUAUGUUGCAUAGAAACACUAACAAGAUCAUCGUCACUCUAGUCUAUGCGAUCCUUGAAUGGGUCUUGAUAAUCCUCCUCCUCCUCAACUCUUUGUUCAGUUAUUUGAUCACAAAAUUCUCCAAUUGUUUUGGCCUUAAAGCACCAUGCCUAUGGUGUUCUAGGGUUGAUCACAUCUUGGAGCCUGGCAAGAACACAAACUCUUAUAGAGACCUUAUCUGUGACACCCAUGCCACUGAAAUUUCCAAAUUGAGCUACUGUUCAACUCAUCAAAAAUUGGCUGAACCACAGAGUAUGUGUGGUGACUGCUUGGCAUCUCGACCAAGCUACGAUGGAAGCUUCCUUGGAAGCACGCAGAGGAUUGCUUUUGUUUCAUGGGUGAGUGAGAACCAUGGUGAAAAUGGUACAAAUAUCUUCAUGUGUUCAUGCUGCAACAAGAACUUGAGCUGCAAACUGUGUCCUCCUUCUUGGCCUUCUUUGGGUGCUUUGAAUCACAACCAGAAGGAGGUUUUGGUCAUAGAAGAAGUGGAUGAUGACAACAAUGAAGGAGAGUACAAAGAGCCAAGCAGAUCUUAUUCUUCUCCAAGUCACAGAGAAAAGGACAAUGAGAUCCAUAAAAACAACUGGGAAGAAAAUCAAUGUGAUGAAGGGAUAGCAGAUGAGCAUCAGAUACAUUCUGAUUUUGGAGGUUCAAGCUUCAUAGAAGUGGCACAGGAUGAUGGUUCGAUGGUAUUGAAGGACUCCACCGAGCAGGACUCCGAUGAUACCAGUUUUGUUCAUCAAGCUUGUGAUAAUUCUACCAUACAAUGUUUCCCUGAACAAGAUAACUCUCUCGAAGUCAUCAGUAUGCAUUGCGAGAACUAUUUUGCUUAUGAGUUAAAUCGUUUAAUACCAGUGGAGUUGAUUGAUUCUUCGACUACUGCAAACCUAGGAUCAUGCAACUUGAGAGAGGAAGAUCUGAGAAAGCAUGAUCGACAGAAUAAAGCUUCUGAUUCUGAGGCACGAAUUGAAACACAGUUCAAUGUCACAACGGAGGCAGCAUUUCUCAUUAUAAAUGAGUGUCCAGAUAGGGCAACUAAAGAAGAACUCGAAAGCUUGGAGAUGGCUGAGGUUGAUACCGACAAUUAUUUUACUGAAGAGGUGGUUGAAGGAAAACAAGAUAUGGUCUCUGAGGCAUGUAGACAAGUUGAUACUACUCAAGAACCUCUAACUUUAUCCCUCGCUGAAGAAGUAGCUAGGAAAGAACCAGAUGAUCCACCAGGAGCAUGUGGAGCAGAGAUAAACAGCAUAAAUCUCUUGUCGGACUAUGCAGCUGAGCCUCAAGUUGAAGAGCCAGUUUCUUCACUGACAUGCCAACCAGUAGAUCAGGCUUUCACUAAUGACGAUGUUGCUGAAGUUUCCACUACCCCUGAUGCAUUCAUGGCUCAGGAUGACUUUGGUCUAAGUUCUAUGGAGAAAACUACCCAGCACGAAAAAAUAAUUUUGGUUGAAAAUGCUCAAGAAGGGACAAACAAUCAUGGAUCCUUGCCUUCAGAGCCUAACGAAGCAGAGGAUGAGAAAUGUCCCGAUACACCAAAUUCCGUUGACAGCCUCCAUUACUCGCAAAAGAAACUAUUGCUGUUUGAAAAGAGAGAGUCAGGAGCUGAAGAGUCUUUAGAUGGAAGUGUGAUAAGUGAGAUGGAAGGUGGUGAUGCAGUUACCACCAUUGACCGGCUGAAAGCAGCUCUAAAAGCUGAGCGAAGAAAUUUAAGUGCUUUAUAUGCAGAACUAGAAGAAGAGAGGAGUGCAUCUGCAAUAGCUGCUAACCAGACUAUGGCUAUGAUCACCAGGCUUCAAGAAGAGAAAGCAGCAAUGCAGAUGGAAGCGUUACAAUACCAGAGGAUGAUGGAAGAACAAGCUGAAUAUGACCAGGAAGCGUUGCAACUUUUGAAUGAGCUCAUGAUCAAGAGAGAGAAGGAGAAGCAAGAACUUGAGAAAGAAUUGGAAUUACAUCGUAAGAAGGUCUUAGAUUAUGAGGCGAAAGAGAAGAUAAGAAGGACAAGAACAAUCAAACAUGGAAGUUUAAGAAGCAGAAACUCUUCUGCUUCUUGCAGCAAUGCAGACGAAAGUGAUGAAUUAUCAAUUGAUCUAAAUCUUGAAGCAAGGGAUGAAGACAGUAGCUAUUCCAGCCAUCAAGCUACCAGUCGAAACAAUAGUCCUGAUAAUGCAGUUUUGAAUUUGGAGGAAAUGGCCCUCGACUGUGUGAAGCAUAUGAGUGCUCUUGAUGAAUCAUUGGUAGAAUUUGAGGAAGAGAGGUUGUCCAUUCUAGAUCAGCUCAAAGCACUGGAGGAGAAGCUUAUCACAUUGGGUGAUGAAGAAGGAUAUUUUGAAGAUGGGAAAUCAAUCGAGCGGUCCUCGACAUAUGGUGCCAAGGAGUUUGACGAUCAUGUCUUAACUAGUCCAGAAGAAAAUGGGGUUCCAGGGAAGCAUUCCUCACUAUAUGUUGUCAAAGAGGUUGACAAUCAUGACUUUACUAGUCCUGAAGAAAAUGGGAUUUCAUUUGGAUAUUCGAAGGAUAAAUUUUAUCCAGAGAGAAAAACAAUGGAUUCAAUGGCAAAGAGUCUCCUUCCUCUCCUAGAUGCCACUAAUAACAAAAAUGAAGAAGGGUUGUUAUAUGAAGCAAAGGGUGAAUCCGAAUAUGUUGAAAUGCAAAACUCCUUUGAAUCCAAUUUCGAACUUGAUGUAAAAAAACUAGCCAUUGAAGAUGAGGUGGAUCAUGUUUAUGAGAGGCUGCAAGCACUUGAAGCAGACAGGGAGUUUCUAAAGCAUUGUAUGAGCUCCAUAAAGAAGGGAGACAAGGGAGUGGAUCUUCUUCAAGAAAUCUUACAACAUCUUCGCGAUCUGAGGGCCGUUGAGAUUCGUGUGAAGAACAUGAAUGAUGAUACUCUAGGGUGAAAGUGCAUGCAGUAGCCUGCCAAAAAUGAGAAGACAACAGAUACUUUUCUCAGAGAUGAUCAGUAGGCUGAGUCUGCAGAUGUAAGUGGUUUGACACAACACUUCAUACUGAGCACGAAAAAAAGCUCAUCGAAAUAUAUGCUUUCUAGUGCCAGGAAAUCUCUUGAUGGAGAAGGAGAGUCCUGGUAUGGUUUGUUUGAAUUGGUGCACGAGACUCAGAUACCGAAUUAAAGUCUGCCUCAAAUUUCAAAUUUCUUCUUUUGCUACAAGUUUGGUGCAAAGCGUAGAAUUUUGUGGUACCUCCUCACUACGAGUUCUUCCCAAGCAACCGUGAAAGAUGUACAUUAAAAGGAGUGCAUCUUCUUCUCUGCCUGACCUCAUGAUCGUGUAGGUCAGGGUAUAUGCACUUCAAUUGUUUUUGAAUAGUUUUAUUCCUGUUUCUUUCUUACAGGAUGUGAGAGAGGAGAUCUUCUUCAAGGAGAAGGCUUGAAUUUUCUUGGUCCUGAUCUUUUGGUCUGUUAAAUUUUGCAUGGGUUUUCAGCAUCCAGGGGCUGUAAUUUAUUUGUAUAAACAAGCAUCAGCUGUGUCUAUAUUUGUUAGUGAGGGUUGUCAUUAAUGUUCUAGCUCUUUUAUCUUUCCAUGGCAUUAACUCCUUUGCAUGGUGUGCAGUGAAAAUCUUGUACUGCACGAAGUUUAAUUGAGGAAUGAUACGUUCUUGAAUAUUUCAUGUCAUUUGACGGACUUUAA